UAGCAAAAUCAAGACCCACAUAUUUAUAUAAGGGGCUUCCUUCGAACUAAAACUUUAACCUCCCACUUUUCAAAUACCAUUCCUCCUAAUAAACCCUUGGUUCCUCCCUCAACGUAAUUUUGAAACCUGGCCCACAAAAUUAAACAGGCACACACAGAUGAUCCAAGUGGAUAAGGUGAAUACUAUCUUCGGUAUUUUUAAUUGUCUGGCCCAUUAACAAAAAUGGCCCUUACAUUUGCUUCUCUGCUGCAAACAACAUCCCCAUUCUCCACCAAUUCAAUCAAGAUAUCUGUGCUGGGCACUUCUCUUAAAGCAGCGAAAAAGCUUACAAAGCAUACUGCUCAAUUCAAAUGCAACGGAGUCGCUGGAGAAUUAAGCAUGUCAGAACCUGCUGAUAAAUGGGUACAAUUUCCACAUUUGUGCGACAGUGGACGAAGGCUGAUGGAAGAAGUAGCAUCGAUGAUAGAAACCCAACUGGAUUCUCAACUAAAUCCAUGCUGCACUCCUGCGGAUGUCAGGUCCUUCAAAAAUGCCGAUGUCGACAGUGAAGGCUCUGUCAAUAUCAAAUCCGGUGCACAAGGUUCCAAGAUUGACUUUGUACUGGGCUCAUGGCUUCACUGCAAAACUCCUUUUGGAGUUUUAAACAUAGCUACAAUUAUAGGCAUGGUCAAUCCUCAAACAGAUGCACCACACCUCCUUUUUGAGUUCAUUCAGAGUGGUCAAAGCUCACUAGUUCUUGUUCUUGAUUUGCUCCCAAGAAAGGAUCUAGUCCUUGAUCCUGACUACUUAAAAUGGUUUUAUGAAGACACCAAGCUGGAUGCACCAAGGGAAGCCUUGUAUAAAGCUCAGCAGGCACAACCUUAUGUUUCAUCCUCUCUUUAUGUCCGAAGCAUUGUUUCACCUACUGCAAUACUAGUUAAGAUUAACAGUGAAUUACAAUCAACUGCGGGCACAGCUGAUGGCAUGGAAAAAAUUAUCAAUGAUGUAGUAGAACCAGCAGCAAAGGAAGUGGUUAGAAUUUGGUUGGAUGCAAUUUUGACCAGAGGGAGACCAGUGGAUGAUUUUGAAAAGGAUCUCCUCCUGAAAAGAGAUAACAUGAUCAAAACAAAGGGUGUAGAAGUUGAUCUGAGUUCUAACAUGCCCAGACUGUUUGGUCAGGAUGUUACUGAUCGUGUUGUUGCUGCUUUCCGAAAAGGUAUUUGAAUCUUCUCCAAAAUAAAUGGCAAAUAUGUAGGCUGCAGUUGGGUUCUCUUAAUCAGUCAGUUAAAAUUUCCAUGCCAAUAUGUGUAUAAUUAUUAACAUGAUUUAGGGGUACAGUAGGUCUAGCAUAGAUGGAAAAGCAGGGUGUUGAACUGACUGCAGUCUCUACAGUAUAAAAAAAUGGAGAAACUUGUAUAUGUAUUUGAGAAGGUUAUGCAUGAUUUCAAGAAUAAGUUCAUGGUGGGGUCAAGUUACUUAA